AUGGCCGUCCGUGUCAUCGCUUCCGAGAUGCGCUGGGGGGGGGCAGGGGAAGCCGAAGUGUGCUGGGCCGCAUGUCCCUUGUACGUCAGUUCUCACGUUCGACAAUCCGACAUCCCCAAGCACCUGCGAGGCUGCCAACAGCAAAACGUCGCCCACAACGAAAGCCCCACUUUUGCAUUUCACAUGAAUCACAACAAUUAUCCCCACUGGACUCCCGCCGAGGACCAAACCCUUCGCGACGCGGUGUUCCUUCACGGCGGUAAACAAUGGCGCGGGAUUGCACAGUUGUUUCACCAUCGCAAGAGCGUCCGCGAUUGCCAGCGCCGAUGGUAUGCCCUCACACAGGAAGCCACGAUCAAGUUGCCAUGGACAGAAGCCGAAGACGAAACUGUGCUCGCCCUCGUCCACCGCCUCGGACCGCACAAAUGGGGCGUGAUUGCGUCGUAUCUGCCAGGGCGAAGUGGCAAGCAAUGCCGGGAGCGGUGGUGCAACCAGCUCGACCCUGCGAUUGACAAGUCGGCGUGGACGAUGCAAGAAGAUCAGAUCUUGGUGGCGCUCCAGGCCAAGCAUGGCAACCGAUGGUCCCUCAUUGCCGAGCACUUGCCAGGGCGCACGGACAACGCAGUCAAGAACCAUUGGCACGCCAGCGUCAAGAAAUGGAAGGAUCGAAAGGCGUGCUCGCCGCUGCUCCCCCCCCUCGCCCCCUUUACGUCAUCGCCGCCAGUUAGUGGGGCCUCGUCGCCCACUGGCGUGGACGCGGUAGUCGGCUCGCCCCUUGUCGGCGAACAGGGCGACCAGCUGCCGAAGUCUUCAUGCAUUUCGCUCGACUUUUUGUGGAGCAGUGCUCUGGACGAUGCCCUCGACAGCUGCAGUCCGAUGGCCGACGACUCGGACUCUGCUCCCGCACACGUUGACCUGUUUCAUCUGCCCGACAUGGACUGGCUGCCGUGCUUGGACGACGAAGGGCUGCUCGAUACACAGCUGUACCUUGUGUGA